UUUAGCUGUUGUCUGGUGCUGUUUUGCUAAUUGCGCGAGCUACUACAACAGAGAGGUCUUAUGGGGUUUUUUUUUCGCGAGUUUAAACGUGUUAUUUAACAAAUAAUUUACUAAACCUUAUAUCAUUCGUGGUUAGGUUUGUGUCUGAAUUACUGAUCAACAAAAACCAAAACACGGGACUGUGUCACUUGUUCCCAACAUAAACUUCCUUUCCUCUGUCAGAUGACGACAGGCGGAAACCCUGAACAAUAUUUUCAUCAGAACAUGGCUGAGCUGCCCGGAGAAGGCGAUGCGGCAGGUAAACCCACUGGGUCAGCAAGUACAGCCACUGAUAACGUCCUGGAGGUGGGAACUGACUUGUUGAAAGAAUUCAUAUAUGAGCGGGUGCGUCGUCAUGGUAACCCGGAGGCAUCGGUGACGCGGAAUGAGCUGGGGGGGAAGGAACUGUGUGACCCCAGCCACAAGCGACUGGCACAGUGCCUACAGCAGAUCGGAGAUGAACUGGACAGCAACACGCAACUGCAGAGCAUGAUCAAUGACUCGGCGCUGAAGCCCACCAAGGAUGUGUUUGUGAAGGUGGCCUAUCAGAUCUUCUCAGAUGGGAAGUUCAACUGGGGCAGGGUGGUGGCGCUGUUCUAUUUUGCCUGCCGACUAGUCAUCAAGGCUUUAUUGACCAAGGUGCCUGACAUCAUUCGCACCAUCAUAACCUGGACUAUAGACUACCUUCAAGAUCAUGUGAUCAACUGGAUCCGUGAGCAAGGUGGAUGGGAGGGCAUUCGGUCCUACUUUGGCACGCCCACGUGGCAGACUAUCGGCGUGUUCCUGGCGGGAGUUCUCACCACUGUGCUGGUCAUCCGCAAAAUGUGAAGGGGAGGAGAAAGGAGAGUGAACGAGUGAUAAGAGAGGAGGAGAGAGAGAGAGAGAAUGAAAGACAGGAAAGAAAGGGCGGAGGAAUGGAGAGUUGAAAGAGAAAAAAACUGGCCUGGAGAAAACCCAGUCGAAAUGCUGGGGAUGAUUAGUGGGAAGACAGCGAUCUAAGAUGGCCGACGUGAGCGAGGGGGAUGUAAAGGUCGUGGGUGAGCGAAGGAACGACAGAGUACAACUUUCAUUACAUUUACUUACUCCUGCCUCCUGGCUGUAUGCUGUACACACACACACACACACAUACACUCACAUAACAGAGCCAACGCUGAAGAAAGAGAGAGGGCAAAAGAUGGGAAGAAUGAGAUAAGCGAGAGAUGAAUGAGAGAGUGAGAGAGAGAGGAAGGGUGAGGCGGACAGGCAGGCAGGCAGACAGGCAGGCAGGCAGGGUCAGUAGCGACAAAUGAAAUGGCUUAUUUAUUUAUUUCCAAUCAAAGCAAACAAAUGGUCACUGCAUUCAAACUUGACAAUCUUGGUACAAAGUGAUCUGUCAAAUCUCUCAACCCACCCACUCAAAUGUGAAAUGCAGAGGAAUCAUCAUCAUGGAUCGCUACCACUCGCUAUACGUUUCUCCCCUUUUGCACUGCAACUCCUCAACCAUCUCCCCCCUCUUCUCCCCAUCUCCAUCUCCUGUCACGCUCAGCAGACACCACAAUGGUCUCUCUGAUCUCUCUCCGAGCUCAGAGGUCUUGUUAGAGUGCACUUUAUAGGGCUGUGUUUUGAUGUGUAGAGGCGCAGGUGGAAGCACUGAGUGUUUACAUGUGUGUGUGUGUGUGCACGCUUGCGCGUGUGUGAGUUCACACACAUACACAGGCGUACACACAACUGAUUGUGAGGGGCAGACGGACCUGUGGCGAAUUACCUCUUGACAAUAUAGUGUUGGGUGUACUGUAUUUUUUAAAUCUUGCCUAUUUAUACUCGCCCCAGUCUCAUACUCGGCUUGUUUCUCCUCUCCCUCCACAUCCUUUGUCUGCUGUUGGAAAUCCAGUCUUUUUUUUUUUUUUUUUUAAAGAAAUAAUUCAGUUUCAGUUGUCAGUGCCUUGGUUUUUUUGUUUGUUUUUUUUACAACUAUGAAAUCACUUUAAUACAACUCUCUUUUUCAUCUUUUUCUACACUUUCGUAAAAAUUUCUACAAAAGUACAGGACCCGUUUUGUCACUGUUGCUGAUCUUGUUGCAGUGGCCGAUUGUUUGUUUUCUAUGUUGUUAUAAGAUUAAAAAAAAAAAAACAUGUUUUUACCAA